AUGGAUCGUAGAAAAGAAGAGUUGGAGAAAAAGAGACAAAAGUUGGCUGAACUUCGUCGUGCUCGAGAGGAGAGAAGAGCUCUUUUGGAAAGUCAAUCUACACAGUCUUCCUCUACAACCACAACUUCGACUACUGGCAGAGAUAGAAAAGCUAUUGAUGAUCUCGUAGCCCUUGUAUUGGGCGAGCGUCCCUCCACACCAAAUGCAUCAGCAGCAGCAGGCAGUGAUCGCUCAGAUGCUGGCUCAGAUUUCUCCAACUCACGUCCUGCUUCUGCUAAUUAUUCUGUGCCUGGAACACCCAUCAGUCAAGCCGAAGCUCGUCUUUCUAUGCUCUCCAUGUCCUCUCAACCGAAUUCUUCUUCGCCUCCUCAGGGCAGCACGCCUCACUAUGUGGCAGAAUUGACGGAAUCACAAGCAUUUAUUGCUGACAUUCCACCACUGGAACAAGUGGUGUACAGCAAAGAAAUUCAAACGACAGAUGGAUCCAUGGAAGCGCCCGAGAUAUCAGAAGAAGAGAUCAGAAAGCAAAUUAUGGAGGAAUUUGAAGCAAGAGAAAAGAUCAAGAUGGCACAGUUGGAAGAGGAGAUCAAGAGAGCCGAGCAAGAGAAGCAAGAGGAUAUUCGAGAACUCACUGAGGAGGAGUCAAAAAUCAUUCAAAAGUCCCAGGAAUUUGCUGAAUUUGUCGAUGUGUCUACAAAACUAGUAGAAAGAGCCCUGAAUGAAAAAUACGAUUUCAUGAAAGAUUAUACCCUUGGCAUUGAUGUCGAAAACGAUGAAAAUUCUGGCAAACAUGUUAAAUUUGUUUGCGAAUUUUGGGAUGAGAAAUGGUGCAAGAACAGAUCUGUCACUGAUGUUAAUUGGUCUCUUAAAUACCCAGAGUUGGUCGUCUCCUCUUAUAACAAGAACCCACUUGCACCCAACGAGCCAGAUGGUGUUGCUCUUGUCUGGAACGAACAUUUGCUGGAUCGCCCUGAAUUUGUUUUUCAUUCCCAGUCUGAUGUGCUCAGUGUCAUGUUUAGUAAGUUUCAUCCAAACUACAUUAUCGGCGGUACCUAUUCUGGUCAAAUUGUACUAUGGGAUACACGAGCCAAGUCGUUGCCCGUAUUAAAGACGCCUCUUUCUGCUGGUGGUCAUACACACCCCGUCUACAGCAUUGAAAUGGUAGGCACCCAGAAUGCACACAACUUGAUUUCUGCAAGUACAGAUGGCUUUGUUUGUUCAUGGCAAUUGGAUAUGCUGGCGCAACCUCAAGACUAUUUAGAGUUGCUUCAUCCUGCUCAUAAUAAGACGCAUGAAGUAUCGGUUACGUGCAUGGGCUUCCCUGAUAAUGAAACGACGGCUUAUUGGGCUGGUACUGAAGAGGGUAAUGUGUAUCAAGCAAAUAGAUAUGAUCGUGCAGGUAGUAAAGCGGGUAUCAAUCAAUACGAUACGUAUCGUGGUCAUCAUGGCAUGGUCACAGGCUUGAAUUUCCAUCCUUUGCAUGGCCCUGUCGACUUUUCUGAUUUAUAUCUGACGUCUUCUGUGGAUUGGACAGUGAAAUUGUGGCGCGCCAAGUCCAUCUCUAAAACUUCGACACAAGCAUCUGCUAUUCCUCCCUUGUACUCGUUUGAACAUGCUGAUGACUACGUCUACGAUGUCAAGUGGUCGCCUACACAUCCUGCUUUGUUUGGUACCGUAGAUGGCACAGGCCAGUUUGAUUUGUGGAACUUGAAUGCAGACACCGAAGAGCCCUUUGUCAGCACUCAAGUAGGCUCUGGUAAAGCAUUGAACAAAUUGGCUUGGGAUAAGGAGGGUAAAAAGACGGCCAUCGGUUCCAGUGAUGGUCAUGUCUAUGUUUAUGAUAUUGGCGAGGUGGCAACCCCCAAGCCUGAUGAUUGGAGUCUGUUGCAAAAGAAUAUCUCUGAGAUGAUUGCAAAUCAAGAGAAUCCUAGUGGAGGCAAAUAA